CCCAAAAAAAUUGAAAAAAAGCAAUAAAUUCUUCAAUUCCCAAAACCCCUAAACCCUUACUUUUUCGUGACAUACCUUAGCCACGCUUAUUUGCAGGGAAGAGUGAGAGGUUGGAAUUGCGACAUGGCAGAAAGCCCUCUCAAGAACGAAUGUUGUCAGGAUAUUUUAGAAAGGAUGCAAGCAGAAGAGAAUAAUUCAGAUCCUGCACCAAUGGUUGUGAAGAAUGCUGCCGCUGCUGCUUCACUGAGUGUCAUUCCUGACAUUAAUAAGAUGAAGAAGAAGAAGAAGAGGAAACCGACAGUAGUAAUAUCUCCGGUUAGAGCUUUACUUUUAGACACUUGGAAUAUGAGGCACGUGUGGAAGAAUGCGGAUGGUACAAGUAGUAAUGAAAGACAUAUAGACCCUUGGCUUUUGAGGGAGACGCACCCAGAUUUGGUACCAGUGGCUGUGGAGAAGGAUGCAAGGAGUGAUAUUGCUGAGAUUGACGUGAAGAAAUACCUUGUCCCUAAGGAUGCACUUCUUGGAGAUUUUAUUGCUUAUGUUCGGAUGUGGAUCUUUCUAAAGAAAAGAAAACCUAUAUUUGUCUUCUUCAAAAACACUAUACCUCCAAAGGGUGCCACUAUGGGUGCAAUUGGUGAGGAAAAUACGGAUGAAGAUGGAUUUCUUCACAUGACCUACAGUGGGAAUGAUACCUUCAGCUACAGUGGGAAUGAUGUGACAUGUUGAUUAUUUAUAUUUUAUCCUCUUGAUCUUGAGAUCAAUGGGCUAGCUUAUUAUGGUGCUACAAGUAUUUAUUUUUUUGACAAGGGAUUUUCAUGCAUGGAGUAGAAAUAUUUUAAUUAUUUGCUA